AUGCUGAAUGGCUUGAAGUACAGAGGGGAUAAGAAAGGUGAAACAGAGGCAGGUAAGAUCCUUGAAGCCUACAACCAGAUGACCAUGGAGAACAAGAAGGGUUUGCUUGAGCGCUACAAGACUGAGGGUGGCUUGAAGAACCUUCAGUGGGUCAAUGAGUACUUUGAGACAGCGCAUGCUCUGCUUGAGUUUUCCAAGUACUGGUACAGCAAGCAGAAACAUGUCCAAGAGGACAAAAACAAAGUCGACCAGACCAUGAAGCUGGGCACCAACCUUGGCAUGGCCACCAUGCAAAAGGCGAUUGGCAAUUCAGCAUCCAGCAGUGAUCCCAAAGUGAAACUUGAGAACCCAAGCUGGGUGCAGCUGAACUCACAAUUGCAAAUUGCAGCUGCUCUGAAGGGCAGACUUGAAAAACAAGUCUUCGAAAGCACGGCCUGUCAAAAAGAAUUGGAGGCCAGUGGCAAGCCAGAGUUCAACGAGUUUUUGAAGAGUGUGUCAUAUGCUCUGGGCAAAGCCGAGGCAGCGCUGGCUUCCUUGAGGACCAACUUGGCUCAGGGAAAGGAUAUGUCGGUCUCCAGUGACAAGACAGACUGCUCCACUUUGAAGAAGGCCUUGGAGGGUGACACCAACAAUGGCUCCAUGCACUUGGAUGGCCUGAAAGCUUUGCGCAAGCGCCUCAAGUCAUUUUUGACCUGA